UCAAAGUUCCCGAAACUGUGGGUGGCCCAAAUUCAAUCCGCCGGCGAGGGAGUCCGACCAUUUAUCCGAUUGAAGAAAGAAAACAGACACGCACUCUCUCUCUCUCUCUGAGUCCAAGUGAACCAGCGGCUAUGGAGGUGACCACCAUGGCUGCGUCGCACUUACUUCCCACUACCACGCGCAUGUUAGCCUCGCCCAACAGCUCGCGGCACUCAAGAACCCUAACUUUUCCCAGAGCCUCUCUCCACACAAAUCUCCUCUCUCCCUUAGCCGGCGGCAGCGUCGCCAGCGAUUUCUCCGGCCAGAAGAUCCGGCCCCCAAAUCUCAACCCCUAUGCGCCCUCUCCGUCCGGUUCUCGACCCAAACGCGGCGUCGUUACCAUGGUAAUACCCUUUUCAAGAGGAAGUGCAUGGGAACAGCCUCCUCCAGACUUGGCUUCUUACUUGUAUAAGAAUCGUAUUGUUUACUUGGGCAUGUCUCUAGUUCCAUCUGUCACUGAGUUGAUACUUGCAGAAUUUCUUUACCUUCAAUAUGAGGAUGAAGAGAAACCAAUUUACCUUUACAUAAAUUCCACUGGGACAACAAAGGGAGGUGAAAAGUUAGGUUAUGAGACAGAAGCAUUUGCAAUUUAUGAUGUCAUGAGGUAUGUCAAACCACCUAUUUUUACACUCUGUGUUGGCAAUGCUUGGGGUGAAGCAGCAUUGCUUUUGGCUGCUGGUUCAAAAGGAAACCGUUCGGCCUUGCCCUCAUCAACAAUUAUGAUAAAGCAGCCCAUUGCAAGGUUUCAAGGCCAAGCUACGGAUGUGGACCUUGCAAGGAAGGAAGUAAAGAAUGUGAAAGCAGAGUUGGUUAAGCUCUAUUCAAAACAUAUGGGAAAAUCACCAGAGCAAAUUGAAGCAGACAUAAGGCGUCCCAAGUACUUUAGUCCAAGUGAAGCAGUUGAAUAUGGCAUUAUUGAUAAGGUUAUUUAUAAUGAGAGGAGCAGUGAAGAUAGAGGUGUUGUCUCUGAUCUGAAAAAAGCACAACUUAUUUAAUUGUAUUUGAAACUGGAUCAUGAUUGUAAUAAUAUUCCUGUUCUCUCGAUUGUCGUUAUCUCAUGAAUAGUUUGAAAUUUAAUAA